AAAAAAAAAAAAAAAUGUAUUUAAAAAUCUUGUAAGGAUUGUACAAAUCUUAAAAAAUAAAAUAUUCCAAUUAAUAAUUUGACUUUCUGAAAAAUUCAAUAUAAUCUUUCGUUUAAAUAAGUAUGAUAAAUUUCUGUGAUAAAUAAAGAUAAUUUCGUGGUGGGAGAAAAUCGUGUUGUAUUCAAUACCCAAGAUACUAAAGUGCAAUCAACAACCAAUAAAUGCCCCAUAUAUUUUGUUUCACUGUCGCUUCGAUCGUCGCAUUCGUGUCAUUUCCUUGUACGCUGAAUAUUAAUUUCUACUGUCGUAGUGUUCAGAAAAUUUCCAAGUGUGAAUAAUUCGAUCGAUUAAUUUCCUCCAAAAAGUAGUGUGUUUAAAUAACGUUUACCUUUACUCUUUAUUCAUACAAUUGAACCAUGACUGCAAUUAAAAAGUCUUUAGGAAAAUUAAACGCUGGAAUUAUCACAACGUGUAUCGUAGGUCUUGCUGGUUCUUAUUAUGCGUACUAUGUGGAAUUAGCAAAAGAAGAGGAUGAUUUAUAUGAGGCAAUGUGCGAUAUUAGCGAACACGUUAGCUGUACCAAAGCAUUUUCCUCCGAGUAUAUCAAAUAGAUGGAUGACAUCAGCCAUUGUCGUAACAUUAGGAAUUUGUGCGAACCUUGGCACGAUUUACCUGGCAUAUAUUUUGUACAAAUUAAGCAAUAUCUGCGUAGUCUGUGUUAGUCUUUAUGUGGUAAAUGCUAUUCUUUUAAUACUUGCUGUUAAAAAGCAUGAAAAACUGUGUCGAAAAAAUGGCACAAAUAAAAAGAAAAAAUCAAAGUAAAUAUGAACAUUUUCAAGAUCUAAAACUACUAGAAAUCUUCCAAUUUUUGUUGGAGAGUUGCUAAGAGCUAGAUUAAUCAUGAUAAUAUAUAAUAUAUAAUAUUUACUUAGCAUCUUGAUUUAUUAA